UGGCAGGAGGGAUCCCAAAUCUAAUAAUAAAGUUGAGCUGGCUGGCCAAGAACUGAUCUGGAAGUUAAUAAAGCAGAAAUGAUUCCGCCAAUUGAAGCCGACAUCCACCCUGACCGUGGCCUAUUUGGCAAAGUGGGCGGCCCAGAGAAAAUAUCGAUUGUUUAGUUACACUCCCCUCCUUUUUGAAUUUGGCGGAGGCGAUCCAUGGCGGCUGCGAGCGGCGGCGCCGGGGCCGCGUGCGCGGCGUGCAAGUACCAGCGGCGCCGCUGCACGCCGGACUGCCCGCUAGCGGAGUUCUUCCCGCACGACCGUCCCCGGGUCUUCCGCAACGCGCACCGCCUCUUCGGCGUCAGCAACAUCCUCAAGACGCUCGACCGCGCCGGCCCCGAGAAGCGCCGCGAGGCCAUGCACUGCAUCAUCUACGAGUCCCAGGCCUGGGACAUCUACCCGGCAAGCGGCUGCGUCCCCAUCAUCCACGACCUGCAGCAGCGGAUACGCCAGGCGGAGCUCGACCUCCGCCGCGUCUACGCGGCCAUCCAGGCCUACCGCGCCGCCGCCGCCGCCCAGGGAGGAGGGCCCGUUCCCGACUCCGACGGCGACCCCUUGGCCUCCGCCUCCGCACCGCCGCCGCCAUUCCAGUUGCAGCCCGCGACGGGCGACGACGACGUUGCUGCCGAAGCAUACGGCGGCGGCGGUGGCUGGCCAUCAAUCACAAUGUACGGUGGUGAUCAGCAGCAGAUGGUGAUGAACGCUGCUGCUUACGACGACGUACGACAACAUUACGACAUGACGACGACGAGCGCUGCGGCUGUCGCCAACAUGGCCGGGAAGCUCGUCCCGCAGCAAGACCACCGGUUCUUGGUCGACGCGACGGUGGUAUCCCAACCAGAGCACCAACAGCAGCUCACCAUCCAGCCUGCGGAGUUGGACGACGAGAUGAGCUACUUCGUCAACGACGGCGUGGACGGUGACAGCGAGAUGCCUCCUGAAUCUAGCAUGGAUUCUUCGGAGAAGAAGGCGACGAGAGCACCCAAGAUGGAGAGCGCCAAUAGCUUCUAGAAGGAUGAUACCGUCCCUAGCUGAAAUAAAUAUUUGAGUGGCACUCGAUGCUAAACUAGCCGCAGCUGCUUUCAUUCAGCCCAUUUUAUCCAUGCGGUGUAAGAUUAGCCUAUCUGUGGCCACGUGGUUAUUUUAAUCAAUUUAAAUGUAAUACAUUGUAAUCUUUAUUUCACUGUUGGUGUCAUAUGAUAUUUGAAACAACUUUUUUAAA